CCCACAUUCUCUUCACACACCAAUCAACAUUCAUUCACUGAACAACAAGAUGAUUCGCAUCAAUAUUCUUCUGCUCAUCUUAGCAGCUUUCCUCUCAUCAUCCAAUACCCACGCCUUGGUCUCAGACUUCUGUGUAGCAGAUCUAAGCCGCUCAGUGAGCCCUGCAGGCUACGCCUGCAAGAAACCGCCACUAACCGUAAAUGACUUCGUCUUCUCAAAUUUCAAAGCUGGAAACACCUCCAACUUUCUCAACGCCGCACUAAACCCCGCCUUCGUCGACCAAUUCCCAGGCAUCAAUGGGCUCGGACUCUCCGCAGCGCGGCUAGACUUAGACGCCGGCGGUGUGGUCCCCAUUCACUCUCACCCAGGGGCCUCUGAGCUUGUCAUAAUUCUGCAAGGUCGCAUCACUGUUGGGUUUAUAUCAACAGAUAACACCGUUUAUCAGAAGACGCUAAUGAAGGGUGAUAUCAUUGUUAUCCCGCAAGGGUUGUUGCAUUUUCAGCUGAAUGCUGGUGGGAACAGAGCCUCUGCUGUUCUCACUUUCAGUAGCACGAAUCCUGUAGCGCAGCUGGUUGAUGUUGCUUUGUUUGGCAACAACUUGGAUUCUGGUUUGGUGGCGAGGACUACCUUCCUUGAUCUUGCUCAAGUGAAGAAGCUUAAGGCUGUUUUUGGAGGGCGUGGCUAGUUUUGGGUUUGCUAAUUAUGGAUUGUUGUUGUUGCUGCUUAAUCCAAACUGUGUUCUUAGUUGUGUAUUGUUUGUUUAGUCAUUGAAUUUCAGUAAUCACUGCCCGUAAUAUUUAAUAAAGUGUUUGUGUUUUGUUUUUCCA